GAGAGUUGCGAGUUCCUUCUGGUAUUUGUAGUCCACAAUCAGAGUUGUUUCCGUGUAUCUAGCCUACGUGAGUUAGGUGGUGGAAUCUGCUCUGUGAAGACAAACACAUGUGAAAUCAUUGAACAGGGUUGUGUGAAUUUAUGGAAACAUGUCAAAGAAACGGGGCAGGAAGCGUAGCAGUGGAGAGCUGAGCGAGAGCUCGGCGUCGACCCUGAGCCCAGACCCUGACAACCUGCUGGGCCGUAGGAUUCAGCACACAUGGAGGGAGAAGGGUAACGUGACCAAGUGGAAAGGCACCGUUCUGGAGCGCCUAACUAUGAACAGCUCCCUCUACAUGGUCAAAUAUGACGGCUUUGACUGCGUUUAUGGCAUCGAGCUCUUCAAAGACAAUCGGGUGUCCAACCUGCAGGUCUUGUCAGAGAAAGUCGUGAACAAUAAGAUUAAGGUGCCUCCCGGGGCGGAGGAGCUGGUGGGCCGGGCUGUGGAGCAUCUGUUUGAGAAGGAGGACGGUGAGAAAAACGAGUGGCGAGGCAUGGUGCUGUCCCGAGCCCCCAUCAUGACCCACUGGUACUACAUCACCUACGAGAAGGACCCGGUGCUCUACAUGUACCAGCUCUGGGACGACUAUAAGGACGGAGAUCUACGUGUCCUGCCUGAAUCGGAGAACAAACACCUGCUGCCAGCCGACAGGAAGCCAGGUGAGGAGCCAGAGAGCCUCGUGGGUAAACAGGUGGAGUAUGUCACAGAUAACGGUCUGAAGAGGACGGGCUUGGUCAUCUACCAGGUCCCAGCUAAGCCCACAGUAUAUUACAUCAAAUAUGACGAUGACGUCCACAUCCACGUCUACGAUCUGGUGAAGACCACCUAGAACUGACUGUCUGAUUCAUCUUCAGCUGACGGCUCAUCUCUGACCCUACCAGUCGUUACCUGUGAAAGUGUUACACAUUUCAGUUUUCCUCCAUCGGGAGGCGAUGUGCCGAAGAUCAAAAGCAACGCCUUGUUUUUCUUUCCUUUUUUUUUGGCGGGGGGGGGCCUCCAGAGGCUUCUUUCAUUCUCACAUCACCAGAUAUCGCGGUUUUUGAUUCUCGAUUUAAAGUUGACCUUAUUGUAUAACUGUGGGGUCCUCAUCAAUGUAAAUAAAGCAGGUCUGAGACCGGUUGUAUAGCCCAGCAGAUGAAAUGGAGCUAGAAGUAUGUUUUGGUUAAAUCACACUUGUAUAGUGCAACUUUCAAAAUCCAAAUUCAUACUUUUUGUAAGCAACACAUCAAACAAAUAAUUCAGCUUUCUUACCUAUAUACCUCUGUGUUUCACUGUUAUUUCAUUUCACUUUUAUAUACGCCUGUGCUAUUUAUUUCUUCUGGAACACCUGGCUGUGCUGCUGGUGACAUUUUGACAAGACUUCAGCUGUGCUUUAUGUGUGUCACUGGGUAGGCCUCAAGUUUGUUGACUAUAGAAUUAAUAUUCAUUUGACCUGUGUGCUUAUCUUACCAUCACAGUGAACCACAAUUUCAGUUGAAGUGUUUCAGGUUUGAUGAGACUUGACAGUCUCACAUCAUGGAUAUAAAACAUGAUGAAACUAUAUAUAUAUAUAUAUAUAUAUAUAUAUAUAUAUAUAUAUAUAUAUAUAUUUACACACGUCAUUAAUCUGUUCUGUUUCAUCAUGUAAUCUGCAAGUUUUCUACAUUAUGAUAAUAUAUGACAAAAUACUGAUGUUGAUGUCAAGUUGUUUCAACGGUGUGUGCUACACACUAUUUAUGUAGUUCAAAUUGGCUCCCAACAUUGUUUAGUGUUUUGGACUAAAGUCUUUAUUAUUUGCCAAAAAAUGAAUGAUGUGAUAUUAUAUAUUCACAACUCAAACUAUUGUUCAUUGUGACCCUAAAUAUGUUUUUUUUUUUUUUCUUCUGUAAAUAUAAUCGGACAUUUUUAUGAACGUAAAACUAAGCUGCUUGUAAAUUAUUUCCGCGUCAAGUUCUUGUUAAAGGCUGUUUGUGUUGCGGUGGCUGUCUUGUUCAUUUGUGUGAAUGAGUUCCACCAUGGUUGAAAGUACAAUACAUUAAUAGGAUUGUACUGUCGGAGGUGAUCAGGUAUAGUGCUUCUCUUAAUUAAUAGCAUGCUACACUUUACACUUUAAUUCAUAAUCCAAGGCUCUCACCAUGUGAACUCCGUAUUGUCUAUAUGUUGCUGAUUAUAGUGGCACAAUUGACCCAUUCAGAAUGUGAAUAUUAUUAGAAUUAAAUGUAGGCUCUAUGUGCGUAUCUAA